AGCCAGACUUUUCUAUACUGGUACAGACGUGCAGUCUAGUAGCUCGCGCGCACAGUAUGUCAGUACGUAGUGGUAUGUCUUGCGCUUGCGCCUGUCGGUGGAUGGCAUUUCUCUCGCAAAAUCGCGACGCGGAUGCACAGACGAAUCGGCGAUGGAUCAUGGUGGAUCACGCCAGGUGCUGCAGGGCCGCACCACACCGCUGCAGCGUCACCGUCGGUGCAGCACACGCCGCCCCGCCACCCGCGCGCACAUCGGUGACAGCAUCAGCUCACCUCGGUAGCUAUUAAAAUCCAUCCCCCUUCUCCACCUCACCUCUCCUCCCUCCCAGACAGGCUCCAUUUUCCACUCUCCCCUCCUGGCCUCCCACCUCCCAUCCGGAUCUCGCCGCGCCGCGCCGCGCCACCCUUUUCCGCGCCGCGUCGUCGGGCAUGGGCGUCGCCACCAACGGCUCCUCCUCCUCCACCUCGGAGUCGGCGGAGACCGCGCAGUCGCAGGCGUACAAGUUCCUCAUCUACGGCCGGACCGGGUGGAUCGGGGGCCUGCUCGGCCAGCUCUGCGCCGCGCGGGGCAUCCCCUUCGCCUACGGCGCCGGGCGCCUCGAGAACCGCGCCCAGCUCGAGACCGACAUCGACGAGGUCGCGCCCACCCACGUGUUCAAUGCCGCGGGGGUCACCGGCCGCCCCAACGUCGACUGGUGCGAGACCCACCGCACCGAGACCAUCCGCGCCAACGUCUGCGGCACGCUUACGCUCGCCGACGUCUGCCGCGCCCGCGGCCUCGUGCUCAUCAACUACGCCACGGGCUGCAUCUUCGAGUACGACGCCGGCCACCAGCUCGGCACAGGGAUCGGGUUCAAGGAGGAGGACACGCCCAACUUCGUCGGAUCAUUCUACUCCAAAACCAAGGCCAUGGUUGAGGAACUGCUAAAAAACUACGAGAAUGUAUGUACACUUCGUGUAAGGAUGCCUAUUUCAUCCGAUCUAUCCAAUCCUCGCAACUUCAUCACUAAAAUCGCCCGGUAUGAUAAAGUGGUUGAUAUACCAAAUUCAAUGACAAUAUUGGAUGAGCUUCUUCCUAUCUCAAUCGAAAUGGCAAAGAGAAACCUCACUGGGAUCUGGAAUUUCACUAAUCCUGGCGUGGUGAGCCACAAUGAAAUAUUGGAAAUGUAUAGGGAUUACAUUGAUCCGAAUUUUUCUUGGAAGAACUUUACCCUGGAGGAGCAAGCCAAGGUCAUAGUUGCACCGAGAAGCAAUAAUGAGCUUGAUUGUACCAAGCUGAAGGCGGAAUUUCCAGAACUUUUGUCAAUCAAGGAUUCUCUGGUAAGGUAUGUUUUCAAGCCAAAUCAGAAGACGUCCAAGGCUUGACAAAUGGAACGGUCUGCACACAAUGUUGUUGUUAUUUAUUCCAUAUAAAUUGACAUUUCUCUCCCUGGUGACAAUCAAUAAGCAUGCAUGAUGACUCUUUCCCUGUGUGUGCAUUGUUUUUGAAGCAGAUAGGUUUCUCAUAGGAAGUCAUACCCCGUCCCGUCAUAUUGAUUACAUAGAACAAGGCAAGGUGCCAUAUAGUUCAACUUUUGUAUGUCUUCUGGAUCGUAUGAAUACCGUGGGAAAUGGGUAAGGGUGGAGAUUCCUCUGUUUGUAUCUUACAAUUGGAAUACAGUCAGUUGCACUGCGUGUUGUUCAAUAGGAAAUGGCUUUGGACUUUCCUUCAUGUAACAUGUAAUGUAAUACAUUGAAUUCUCAGCUAAUAUAUUGAUAUUUGAUAGUAUCGA